GUCCCGCUCGCCGCGUCACAGGGUGAGCAUGACUCUCGGCCCGACUGGGGGCUUGCAUUUGGCCCGAAAGCCUGAACACAACAGGUUCAGCAGCGGGGGAACAAGCAUGGGGGCUGACCGAAACAUAGGGCUGUCUGAGAACCCGAGCAUUGCAAGCACGGCGGAGGAGGGCGUGAAUGUGACAGAGGGGGAAGACGACGGUCCGGUUGAGAGAGGGGAUGAGGAUGAGGAGGACAAGGCCGUCGGACCGUUCACAGAGACCUCCUUGGAGAUGGCGCGGUUACGCCUGCCGCACAUGGAGCUGGGGUUUGAAGAAGACGGCUUCUUCGGGAUUGACGUGCGAUCCCUGAUUAUCGGGAGGGAAAUCGCACGAGGAGCUUAUGGCGUGGUUCACGAAGGAAAGCUAUAUCCGUCGCCGAGGGAUGCAAGUGUUGAGGAUGGAGAACAAGCAGCGGCUGCACCCAGGGAAGCAGAAGGUGGCGCGGCUGCCAACAUAAAGGGAGAGGUGGAGAGGGUUACACUUGUAACGGAGGCGACGGAGGAGGACAUUUUCCAUGACGCUGCUCAAGAGAGCGUGGAACACGCCAAAGGAGGAGGGGAUGCUGCACAGGAAGAGGAGGAGGAGGCGAGGAGCGUGGCAGUAAAGAUUCAACAAGUACCCGAGGACGAGGAAGAGCAAGCCAACCUGCUGGGGGAGCUUGCGAUGCUAAGAAAUCACAAGCACUCGCACCUCGUUGAGUUCAUCGGAACGGCUAUGGCCGUGGAGAGAGGCUCUGACACGGUGAUGGUGGUGAUGGAAUUGUGCACCAACGGGGCGUUGCGAGAGGCGUUGAAACUUAACAUCGACUGGCCACUCAAGGUACGAAUCGCGUCAGACAUGACGGAUGGGCUGCAAUACCUGCACCAACACGGUAUCAUCCACCGAGAUAUCAAAACCCCCAACGUUUUGAUCGACGGCUGCUGGAGAGCGAAGCUGUGCGACUACAACUUCGCCAUCGACGAGAACAGCUCCAUCAAGCAGGACUUUUGCGCGGGAACGGCGGAGUUCAUGUCUCCCGAGGUGUUGCUCUCGGAGGAGUACGGGCUACCGAGUGACGUCUUCAGCCUGGGCAUGAUAUUUGUAGAGAUGCUUACGGGUCAGGAACCAAGUCCUUCCUUCCCGGAGAGGCCGCCACAGACGUUUUUCGUCGUGAGCGAGGAGGAGAUAGAGGGGCAGCUGCUGCCAGGGUAUCCUUCGUCGUUCUCGCUUUUGCAGUCGCAAUGCCUCUUCGCCGAACCAGCCGAGAGGUGA